AUGGGUGCCCACAUUUUGUUCCUUGAAUACAACAACAUAGAAGGCAUGAUCUUGUUCUCGGAACUCUCCCAUCAUCGGAUUCUUAGUGUCAACAGUCUAAUCAAGUUCGGCCGAACCGAGCUGGUGAUUGUCCUCCACGUCGAUAAGGAAAAGGGUUACAUAAAUUUGAGUAAGAGAAGGGUUAGCGAGGAAGAUAUUCAGGCUUGUGAAGAAAGGUAUAACAAGAGUAAACUUGGUCAUUCUAUUAUGCGACAUGUUGCCGAGACUUUGGAUAUCGAUUUGGAGGUAAUUCUUGCUUUUCUUCUCCUCCUCAUUUUUGCUAUGUUUAUGGCUACUUACAGUUUGUUCAUUUGGAUAUGA